CGGUGACACCAAUGAUUUAACUAUACGUACAGGAAGUUCCUACCACAAUUCAAAUGGAAAUGUAUACGAAGUAACCGACAUAGUUUUACAUCCGAAAUUUAAUAUAAGGACCUUUGAUUAUGAUGUCGCUCUGGUUAAAGUUAAAAAUCCUAUUAAACUUACAGUGUGUAAUAGUCGACCUGUAAAUUUAGCUAAUGAGCAAUAUGAGACUCCUGUAGGAUCUUUAGUUUAUGUAACAGGAUGGGGAGCUAACCAGACCGAAGGAAACGAUUCUUCAGAAUUACUUGGUGCUUGGAUUCCUCUGAUAGAUUCUUCAGUAUGUCAAAGUAAUUAUGCAGAACCAGGAAAACCAGACAGAAUCACUGAUAGAAUGUUAUGUGCUGGUUCUGCAAAAGGUGACGGUUUUUGUCACGGUGAUUAUGGUGGUCCAUUAGUUGACAAAAACAGGAAACUUAUAGGGAUUGUAUCCUGGGGUACCCAUUGUGGUCAAUCUGAUAAACCGGGAGUUUACACAAAAGUAAAUCAUCCAGAAAUUCUAGAGUUCAUUUUGACGAAAUCUAGUGAUUAAAAAUAUCAUAUCAAAAAUAAUUGCCUUCUAUUUUGUAACUUUUGUAUAAAAAUUUUGAAUAAAUAUUUUGUUGUGCAUGUA